UCGAAUAUUAAAGACGAACGUCUUAUCGACAAAGAGGAGCAAAAGGAAGUUGACUUGAAGGAAUUUCCAGCCACUGCAAGCGGUGUCAUAGACGCUUACCCAGGGUUAAACAGUCAAGACAUCCAAAAUGUUAUCUUACUCAUUAUCCUUUAUUUGCUCCAGGGAAUUCCUGUUGGUUUAGCAUUCGGUUCUAUACCUUUCCUCCUUAAGUCCAAAUUGUCAUAUUCACAAAUAGGAUUUUUUUCUCUAGCUACAUAUCCAUAUUCUCUUAAAUUGUUAUGGUCUCCAAUUGUGGACGCUAUAUAUUCAAAAAAAGUUGGUCGUAGAAAAAGUUGGAUCAUACCUAUUCAAUUAUUAACUGGAAGCCUAUUUUUUUGGCUUGGGAAUAACAUAGAUCAAAUGUUCGAGGAUUCCUCGCAUCCCGAAGAUGAAAUGAACAUUGCAACUGUUUAUAAAACGAUAUGGGACAUCUGUAAAAUGCCCCUUGCAAAAAUUGGUUUCAUAGCAAAUGAAGCUGUUACUGGACUUAAGCUGCUAGAGAAGGGGUUUAGCAAGGAAGAUUUGGCUUUGGCUGUUUUAAUAGAUUUUCCCUUUCAAAUUGUGUUUGGAUACUAUGCUGCUAAAUGGAGUAAUGGUAGUGAGCCUCUGAAGCCGUGGAUAUACGCUUUUUACGGACGACUCAUCUUUGCUAUUGUUGGCAUGUUGGUCGUUCUUAUGUUUCCUACUAAUAAUGAGAUAUCCAUAAUAAUCUUGGCUUUAUUACGAAUCAGCACGGUUCAAUUUGUCAGCAUUUCGGCAUUCAUGGCAUUAAUUGCCGAUCCUAUGAUUGGUGGAACCUACAUGACUCUUUUGGCGACGUUCAGCAAUCUGGGUGGUACAUGGCCUCGCUUUUUUGUUUUGGAAGCAGUGGACUAUUUCACUGAAGCUGUAUGCUAUAAUAAAUCGAACCCGGAAAAUAUCGUUAAUUGCAUUACUGAUGAGGAAAAGGCUGAUUGUAAAUUAAGUGGUGAUCAAGCAUUUGCAGUCAUUGCCACCAAAAGCAUGGAAGUUAAAAAAGUAAUACUUUUAAUUGAUUUUUAUUUUACACGUGCUAAAAAUAUUUGA